AUGGAGCCCCCUCCGCCCGAUAGCCGCUCCCGACAACAACAGGCGGAUUUCAAAGGUUAUUUGGACUUCGACGGCAAGGAUAUUGGCGUCUAUUCUUACUGGAACCUUGCUCGCAUCGAGAACGAAAUGUCAAUUUACCGCAGCGCUCUAAGACAGAACGGCAUAAUCAGAUUACUUAGAAUAAAGCCCGCGUAUCCAGAUGUCGUUGCAUCUUUGUACAACCCCUUCAAGUCUCUUAUCGUGAAUUAUUGUACCACACACGCUUUCAGAGGUGGUGCAUUCGCAGAGAAGGUUCGCAAGAACAGUGCUCUCAACGACAUUCUGCAGUUUAUCUACUGGUCCCCUGUCAUGACCAAGGAGCAUCGAUACUUCUUCAGCAAGGAGAUCUUGGAUCUCAAUCAAGAGGUCAUGGCACACUUGAAGGAACCCUCUACUCCCGAAGAUAUAGACUAUCGCUUUAUGGCCAAAUACAUACAGCGUCUCGAAAACGUUGAACAGUACUUCGAGACGGAGCGCGUGAGUCCAGUCCCAAUACCUACAGACAUAUCCGACGAAUGGCUCGAGUAGUUUGGACCUUUAUUCACUGAAAACUACCGCCAAGCCAAGGAGUGGCACCCAGAUGCUCCUUUCAAGGUUCAGGACCCUAUCAGGGAUCAAUAUGGGAUGAGUAGGUAUAGCCGGACCCUAGACUUGAGACUUACUAAUUUGGGUCACAGCUAUGAAGGGAUAUAAUGAUAUCGAUAUUGAGGAGAUGUACCCCAUCCGAUUCGCAACUCAGCGCAUGAUGAGCACCCAAGAUACGGCCUUCUCCCAGGUUGGUGCCAUGGAUUACGGCAGAGGUGAGUUUCCAUUGUUUCUGGUGACUUGAGCAUAGUCUAAUUCAAGUACAGCCCUAAGUCAGAUCGCAGACCGAGAAAGCUUGGAUCAAGCGAGAGCACGCGAGAACCUAGAUGCUGGAGUAGGCCCAAAAAUGGCUCCUCAAAUUCGUGAUCCGGAGAGCUUACCGUUCGACGCCCUGUCUUAUCAAAUUCCGGAUUGGGACAAAGACUGGAAUAAUGCAGAGUCUGAUAUUGAAUUGCAGGAGACGGUGGAGGACGACAGAGAUAGUUUUGAUUCUAUCGACGAGCUCGAGGGCAGGACAAGGCGGUCAAAGGGGAAGAGUAGAGCUCAGUUUUGA